ACAAUGAAGAUACAUACUCCAAUCGAUUAGCCUCCUUUCCAUUUUUCUUCUCCUCUCUCUGGUAACCUUCCUCUCCUUUUUAAUCCAAAUCAUCGUUCUUAUUUUUUCAAGGAUAUUUUUGCUGUGAUUGCGUGAAUUUCGAUCAACCUUUGAAGCAUCCUUUGCUGCAACUUUUAGGUCUCAAUUUUAAGGUCAACUUUCUGUGCCGGGUCGUUCAACUUGCAUCUUUAUCAUUUGAUCUAUUGUUUGAGUUGACGAGUGAACUUGUGUGACAUCAUAGUUUCUGUGAGAGAUUGCAUAUCUCUCAAGCUUCUUUAUUUGAUAAGAAGCUUGUUGCAUAAUAGAAUCAAGAGUGAAAUCACUGGUAUUAAACUUUCUAAUUUUUCUUCUUUCCCGUUAUCACUGAUGGAUUUUCCUGUGAUUAUUGUGUAGAUUAUGAUAAUAUGUUUUUUCGAAUGUAUUUUGUUUUUUGGCAUCAGUUUGUGGAAAAAUUAGGGCCUGAUUGCAUACUAAAUAGUUUGAUAAUUAUUCUCUCCAGUCUCUAGUCUCUAGUACUUGCUUUGUCUUUUGUAAUGUUUCUGUGUUUUGGAGGUUUAUGUGGAGUGGGGGCAGAGGAUGAAAGGCUGUAAGCCUGCAACUUUUAGCAGAUUAUGAAUUUUCUCAAGUUCCUCGCUCAUUUGUAACAUUUUAGUAUUUAACUAUUUGUAGCAUAACAAAGAAUAUGUGAUAAUCAUGUGCAGUGGUAUAUAAUCACCUUUGCUAGUUACAGACAAAGUAAAUAUUUUUUGGGUAGGUCACCAGGCUCUAACAUAAAACAGAAGCCUUUGUGAAAAAAAAAGGAAUGCUCCCUCCAGGACAGCAGUCACGGGUUGGAGGACUACAAACCUCUCUAUCUCUAGUUUCUUCGGAUCCCCGCCUUUCUCCCGAGGAGCCUAGAACAAACUCUGACAAUCUCCGUGAAUCUCCUACUGAAAGUGCCAGUUCUCGAGAAACCUGGCCUACUGCUGAUGCAAUUGCUGCAAAGAAGAUGGAGAAUAGAAAAACAGAGAUGGAUUGCCCUGAUCAGUCAGUUAUUCGCCGUGUUUCUAGUGCAGACAAAAUUAGUCUUCAGGACAUUGCAAGAGAACGAGUUGAUAUAAUAUGUGAGAAAAUGCAUCAUCUACCUGACGAAUUUCUUGAAGAACUGAAAAAUGGACUUCGAGUUAUCCUUGAGGGAGGGAAUGGCUCACAGCAUAGAGAGGAAUUUUUCAUUUUGCAAAAGCUUGUUCAGAGUAGAUCUGAUUUAACAGCCAAGACAUUGAUAAGAGCACAUCGUGUACAGCUUGAAAUCCUUGUUGCAAUAAAUACUGGAAUUCAGGGAUUUUUACAUCCUAGCAUCAGUCUAUCACAAACAUCGCUGAUUGAAAUAUUUGUGUACAAGAGAUGCAGAAACAUAGCUUGCCAAAACCAACUUCCUGCUGAAGAUUGUACCUGUGAGACAUGCACUAAUGGCAAUGGUUUCUGCAAUCUUUGCAUGUGUGUUAUCUGCAGCAAGUUUGACUUUGAAGUAAAUACAUGCCGCUGGAUUGGAUGUGAUUUGUGUUCUCAUUGGACUCACACAGACUGUGCCAUACGUGAGCAACUUAUUUGUAUGGGCCCUUCUGCAAAGAAUGGAGCAGGGCCAAGUGAAAUGGUUUUCAGGUGUCAAGCAUGCAACAGGACUUCAGAACUUCUGGGUUGGGUUAAAGAUGUCUUCCAGCAUUGUGCACCAUCAUGGGAUGGAGAGGCCUUGAUGAGGGAACUUGAUUUUGUCAGUAGGAUCUUUCAUGGUAGUAAAGACCCACGAGGGAGGAAACUUUAUUGGAAGUGUGAUGAUCUCAAGGAAAAAUUGAAAAGUGGGAAAGUGGAAUCUAAGGCAGCAUGCAGGGCAAUAUUGAUGGUUUUCCAAGAGCUUGAGCUGGACUCUCCAAAAAUCCUGGAAAAUACAGAAAGUGGAAGGCUGAUUGCUCCCCAGGAGGCAUGCAAUAGAAUUGCUGAAGUGGUGCAUGAGGCUAUAAGAAAGAUGGAAAUAGUAGCUGAUGAAAAGAUGAGAAUGUUCAAGAAGGCUCGCUUGGCUUUUGAUGCUUGUGAACGUGAAUUAGCAGACAAGGCCAGAGAAGCAGGAAAACUGAAAAUGGACAGGCAAAAAAAGAAGCUACAGAUUGAAGAGCUGGAGAGAAUUGUGAGGCUUAAAAAUGCAGAAGCUGAUAUGUUCCAGUUAAAGGCUAAUGAGGCUAAAAGAGAGGCAGAGCAGCUCCAGAGGAUUGCUCUUGCCAAGUCAGAUAAAUCAGAGGAAGAAUAUACUAGCAACUAUCUGAAGCAAAAAUUAAGUGAGGCUGAGGCUGAGAAGCAAUAUCUGUAUGAGAAGAUCAAAUUGCAGGAGACUUCUCGUGUAUCACAAAGCAGUAGUGGGGGUGACCCCUCUUCAAUGCUGAUGUAUUCCAAAAUCCAUGAUCUUCUCUACAGUGUUCCUCCCAAGGAAGAUGGUCAAUCUAAUGAGUGCCACCCUUUCAGAACAAACCCAUGAGUACUGGUUCAGUGUAUGUUAUAAUCUUUUACAUAUUAUAGCAAUGUUAUUCUGUUGCACAAUUGAUGAAGAGUUAGUCUAAUUCCAUUAGGUUCAAGACAAUGUAAGCCUUUUGUAGAUCAAAGAGGUACUAGUAAGUAAAGGCUUAACUCAGUUUGAAAUUUGGUUUGUUCUAUGCGGUAUAUGUAUGAAUACGCAUUUGUGACAAAUUAUUGAUUGCUUCUUGAUUUGUGGAAUCUAA